AUGGCCACUGAGAAGAUACCGCUCAACCUUUUGACGGACGUCACCAAGACAGUCCACCGGGUACCCUAUCCGGCCAUUUCUCCUACCCGCCCCGAGUUGACCCAGGCUGGUAAAACAAUCCUCGUAACUGGUGGCCAUACAGGUGUGGGCAAAGCCAUUGCAAAGGCUUUCAUUCAAGCUUCUGCUGCGACUGUGAUCAUUGUAGGCCGCCGCACAGAAUUGGUUGCUCAGGGUGUGGACGACCUCAAGCAGGAGGCCGAGAAAGUCGGCACGAAUACCAAAAUCCUUUCUCACAUGCUUGAUAUCACCAUCCUUGCUGAUGUCGAUGCAUUUUGGGCAAAUCUCAAAGACAAGGGCAUCUUUGUGGACGUUCUUGUCUCGAAUGCUGCGAGGUUCGCUAAGCCAGGAAAACUCCUCGAGCAUGGAACUGAUGAGCUAUGGUCAAUGUACGAGGCCAAUGUGAAGGCGCCGCUGCGCCUGACAGAGAAUUUCUAUAAACAGGAAGGCGAUAAGCAAAAGUAUUUGAUCAACAUAUCCACGCAGGCAGUCCACAUGUGGGAACUACCGGACUCCCAAAACCUCAUGACUUAUGGAGUAACCAAGAACUCCGGUACAUUGCUGUAUCAGGUAAUUGCCGACGAAACGCUUGCCGAGAAGAUGCAAACCAUAAGCGUUCAUCCUGGUACAAUUUUCACCGAAGUCUGGCAAAACUAUGGAGUCGAUAAAACUUAUCUACAGUUUGAUGAAGAGGACCUGCCAGACACCAAGACAGAGCGUGAUAUGAGACCUUAG